GCUAUGCUCAAUCUGAGACUUCGGAAGAUGAAAAUCCUGGGAAUGUGACACCUACGCCCUCGAACCCCCAGGAAGAUGACACCGAGGAAGAAUACACACCAGUGCCGGCAAAGACUCAACGAAGAAGAUCUUCAAGAAGGAGUAUGUCUACAGAAGUUACCAAGUCGAGUACUUCGCGCACUUCUCGGAGACCGCGACGGUCGUCAAAGACCCCGGACGCUUUAAAUACAUCUCAGGUCACGGAGACCACUGAAGAGGAGCACAGUAUGGCGCUGGUCGAAGAAUAUGAUGAAGAAAAUGAGUCGCUUCCUGGAAAUAAGGCUACAGCCAAACGAAAAAGUAUGACUCAACCCCGCAAGAGUCGUGCGUCAGUCACGCCCAAUCCUUCACAGUCCUCACUUCCUACUCCAGAACCUUCGGCCUCCCCAGAACCGUGCACGCCCCGUUCAGAGAGACAAAGCGUGCCUCCACUCUCGGACGUUACCGAGUCUGCUUUGAAUCGAUCGCCGUCAAAGCAGCUGCCAGAAGAAUCAAGGUCUGAUAUUUCCAUCAUUAAUCCGAACGCGACGGUCUUGGAGCGACCAAUGGAUAUCGCGUUGAAGUCUCGAUCUAUGGUUCCAGUCCAUGAGGAGCCCUCCGGUCCAAAACCGCGCCUCAUUAUUAAGAAUCUGAUUCUCACGAACUUCAAGAGUUAUGCAGGGACACAGGUUGUUGGGCCUUUCCAUCAUUCGUUCUCUUCCGUCGUUGGGCCGAAUGGAUCUGGAAAGUCCAACGUGAUCGACUCCCUAUUGUUCGUCUUCGGAUUUCGCGCAAGCAAAAUGCGUCAAGGCAAAGUAUCGGCAUUGAUUCAUAACUCUGCUCAACACCCCGAUCUACCCUUCUGUGAAGUUGAGGUUCACUUCGAGGAGAUUCUAGAUUUGCCCAAUGGAGGACACGAGGUCAUCCCAGAUUCCCAACUGAUUGUUUCCCGAAAGGCCUUCAAAAACAACACCAGCAAAUAUUACAUGAAUAAGACAGAAACUCCCUUUUCUACUGUUGCUAAUUUUCUUCGUGGGCGCGGCAUAGAUCUAGACCACAAGCGUUUCCUCAUUUUGCAGGGAGAGGUUGAGUCUAUCUCUCAGAUGAAACCAAAAGCCGCUAAUGAACAUGAAGAUGGCCUUUUGGAAUAUCUCGAAGAUAUUAUUGGAACUUCAAAAUAUAAGGCACCUAUUGAAGAAGCUGCAGCAGAAGUUGAAACCCUAAAUGAUGUCUGUGUCGAGAAGAAUAACCGCGUUAAGCACAUUGAGAAGGAGAAGUCAAGCCUUGAGGAGAAGAAAGACGCCGCACUCGCUUAUAUACGCGAUGAGAAUGAGCUCGUUCAGAAGCAAUCCGCCCUUUAUCAAAUCUAUAUUGACGAAUGUGCGAAUAAUAUCAGAGUCACCCAGGAAGCCAUUCUACAAAUGCAGGAAUUGCUAAAUCUGGAACUGGAGAAGCACGAAGGCAAUGAAUCCGGAAUCAAAGAUCUCCAGAAGGCUUACAAACGUGCUACAAAAGAAUAUGAAGCCAUGGAGCAGGAGACGCAGGCUAUACUAAAAGAAAUGGCCAAAUACGACAAAGAAUCCGUUAAAUUCGAAGAGAAGAAAAAGUUUCUGAUUGGAAAGCAGAAGAAACUGGAAAAGGCGAUGCAAUCCAGUCGUCUAUCUGCAUCGGAAGCUGAGAGCUUGGUCCAGAAGCAUGCAUACGACAUCGAAAAGAAAACGGCAGAAACUGCACAGAUCGAGGAGGAGAUGAAGGUCGAGGAGGAUGAGCUCUCUGCAAUUCGUGAAGGAUUGAAAGGCAAGACACAGGGUCUCUCGGAUCAAAUCGCUGCGAAGCAAAAGUCUCUCGAACCGUGGAACGAGAAGAUCAACCAAAAACGUUCGGCUGUUGCUGUGGCUCAAAGCGAACUCGAUAUUUUGCGUGAAAAGAGCAGCGCCGGUGCUGUCUUGCUAGAAGAGGCACAUGCCAGGAUAUCAUCUAUUGAAGAAGCACUAGCUGCGAAGCGGAGUGAUCUUGAGGAACGGAAAGAGCAAAAGGCCAGUCUCGAAGCCGAUGUCGCAAAGUUGCGGAAGGAUCUGAAGAUAUUUGCGGCGAAAGAACCCGAGAUUCGUGCCCAUGUAUCAAGUGCCCGCCAGAAGGCAGACGAGGCGAGGGCUAGUCUCAACAGCACUCAGAAUCGUGGCAGUGUAUUGACAGGCCUAAUGCGACUCAAGGAAUCAGGCCGUGUUGACGGAUUCCAUGGCCGACUCGGAAAUCUUGGAACCAUCGACGAGAAGUACGACAUCGCAAUCUCGACUGCGUGUCCUGCGCUGGAAAACAUGGUUGUUGACUCCGUUGAAGUUGGUCAACAGUGCAUUGACUAUCUCCGCAAAAAUAACCUUGGUCGAGCCAACUUCAUCCUCCUCGACCGCCUACCCCGCAGAGAUAUGUCGUCAAUUUCAACGCCCGAGGAUGUCCCGCGUCUUUUUGAUCUAGUUCGGCCCAAGGACCCGAGAUUUGCACCGGCAUUUUAUAGUGUCAUGCUCAAUACAUUGGUAGCCGAAGACUUGGAGCAAGCGAACCGCAUUGCUUAUGGCGCUCGGCGGUGGAGGGUUGUCACUCUUGACGGCCAGCUGAUCGACGUAUCCGGAACCAUGAGUGGUGGAGGCACACGGGUCGCUCGAGGUGGUAUGUCGUCAAAGCUUGUGGCGGAAACUACGAAGGAACAGGUUGCAAAAUUAGAGCAUGACCGUGAUGAAAGAGAGAGAAAAUACCAGGCAUUCCAAGAGAGGCAGCGGCAGAUCGAGGCACAGAUCAGGGAGAAGUCGGACGAAAUUCCGCGCGUCGAGACGAAGAUCCAGAAGAUCUUGAUUGAAAUUGACAGCGCCAAUCGCAGCCUUGCGGACUCUCAGCGGAGAGUUAGGGAAUUGGGUGCCGAGCAUAAACCGUCGAAAGCGGACGAAAGUCGAGCCGCAGCACUUGAGAAGCAGAUCUCCUCUUUGGAGAAGGAGAUUAGCAAACUUGGGGCAGAGAAGGUGGGCAUUGAAGAAGAGAUCCAGUUACUCCACGACAAAAUCAUGGAGGUCGGUGGUGUUAGGCUCCGCAGUCAGAAAGCCAAGGUAGACGGUCUGAAAGAACAGAUUAGACUGCUUUCUGAGGAGAUAUCCAAUGCCGAAAUCGCGAAGUCAAAGAAUGAGAAGCUGAUCACCAAGCACCGAAAGAGCGGGGCAGAUGCUGGGGAGGAGGCUGCGCACGUAGCUGUGGAGCUUGAAAAGCUUGCUGAGGCCGCCAAAAAUCAAGCUACUGAUGCAUCCGGGUCGAAACAGAAGGUCGAGGAGGCACAGGAAGCUCUCGAAGCAAAGCAACAGGAGCUCAAGGCUCUAAAGGAGGAACUAGAGGAGAAGACCGCUGAGCUGAAUGAAUCUAGAGCUACGGAGAUCGAAAUGCGCAACAAGCUCGAAGAAAACCAGAAAGCAUUGGCGGAGAACGAAAAGCGAAGCCGGUACUGGCAUGAGAAGGUCUCUAGAUUGGCGCUACAGAACGUCAGCGACUUGGGAGAUGAUCAACAGCCCACUGAGCUCCAAAUCUAUACCAGGGACGAACUGGCAGACAUGAAUAAGGAGUCCCUGAAAGCCGUCAUUGCAGCCAUGGAAGAGAAGAAUCAAAACACUCGGGUCGAUUUGUCCGUGAUCGAAGAGUAUCGCCGUAGAGUAACGGAGUUUGAGUCACGAUCGGCUGAUUUAAAUACUGCACUUGCAGCCCGAGAUGGUGCCAAGGCUCGACUAGACGGUCUUCGGUCUGCGCGACUGAACGGGUUUAUGGAAGGCUUUGCUAUCAUCUCACUUCGGCUCAAGGAAAUGUACCAGAUGAUCACCAUGGGCGGGAACGCGGAAUUGGAACUGGUCGAUUCGUUAGAUCCAUUCUCAGAGGGCAUCCUCUUUUCCGUCAUGCCGCCGAAGAAGAGCUGGAAGAACAUCAGCAAUCUUUCUGGUGGAGAGAAGACGUUGUCUAGCCUGGCGCUUGUUUUCGCUCUUCAUCAUUACAGACCUACCCCGUUGUACGUGAUGGACGAGAUUGAUGCUGCUUUGGAUUUCAAGAACGUCUCCAUUGUUGCUUCGUACAUUAAGGAGAGAACGAAGAAUGCGCAGUUUAUUGUCAUUUCUCUGAGAAAUAAUAUGUUUGAACUGGCUUCCCGUCUUGUUGGUGUGUACAAGGUCAACCAUAUGACCAAGAGCAUCACUAUAGAGAACAAGGAUUACAUUACAGGACGGUAAUGGCUGAAUGAUUUAAUUGUUGGGUCACGCAUGCAUAUACUGUUGCUUCGUUUUUGUUAUGGCAUGGGGUUUCUGGGAUCUGGGAAGGCACGAGUGAAUGGGAAUAUGAGUUGGAUAGCAAUUCUACCAUUUCAUAAUGAAUGAUUUCUUGUUUUUGUUGGAGUACUUGUUAGUAUUUUAUAGUUUUUAUUUCAAUCUGCUUCGUUCUCUGGAUGGAUACGGAGUACAUAAAGGUGGUAUGUAUAUAAUUGCAGACAUAUCGACGCACCCAUGCACCGUGCCGUGUAUCUA